AUGAUUAGUCACGGCGGCCCGACAUCAUACCUUGGCCCAGGCCUCAAACCACGAGUCCAAUACUUUACCUCGAGAGGCUAUGCCGUUCUGGCCUUCAACUACAACGGCUCGUGCGCUCAUGGAAGGGCAUACCGCAACGCCCUCUGGGGAAACUGGGGGCUGGUGGAUUCAGACGAUGCUGCCGAGUUCGCAAAUCAUCUCACAGAAACUGGACAAGUAAAAGCAGGGGGAGUUGGAAUAACUGGUGUCAGUGCAGGAGGGUACAAUACCCUACGAAGCUUAACUCGUCAUGCAAAUACUUUUGCUGGCGGGGUUUGUCUCUCGGGUGUAAGUGAUAUCAAGCGUCUUGAUGACUCGACGCACAAGCUGGAAUCCGACUACACGGACCAUUUGGUCUUGGCAUCAGGUGCAGAUAAGAGCGAAAAGGACAAGAUAUGCCAUGAGAGAAGUCCAUUGUUUGAAGCCCACAAGAUCACGGCUCCACUACUGCUUCUGCAUGGUGGUGCGGACAAGAUUACGCCACUGGACCAGGCGCUGGAGAUGUCUAGUGCUAUCAAGAAGGCAGGUGGUGAAGUUGAACUUAUAGUUGUGGAUUCUGAAGGCCAUGGUUUUGGUCAGCCGAGGAAUGUGAGGCUUUGGCUGGAGGAGGAAGAGAAGUGGUGGAGAAAGACGUUGCUGUAA